ACCGUCACCCAGGCCCCCCUCCCUUUACCCCACCCAUUCCCCAUCCCUACCCCCUUCCACAACCUUCCCACCCUUCACUAUGAAUGAGGCCAGCGUAGUCAGAGAAGGAUGGCUCCACAAGAGAGGUGAGUACAUCAAGACUUGGAGAGCACGCUACUUCAUCCUGAAGAGUGACGGCUCCUUCAUCGGCUACAAAGAGAAGCCUGAGCUGUCCGACCAGAGCUUGCCCCCUCUCAACAACUUCUCAGUGGGAGAAUGCCAGCUGAUGAAGACUGAACGGCCCAAGCCUAACACGUUCGUUAUCCGCUGCCUGCAGUGGACCACUGUCAUCGAGAGGACCUUCCACGUAGAAAGCAAUGCAGAGAGAGAGGAGUGGAUACGUGCCAUCCAGGCGGUGGCCAAUGGGUUGAAGGUACGAGAGGAGGAGGAGGAGGAGCCCAUGGACCUGUUUGGUUCUCCCAGCGACAGCAGCAGCAUGGAGGAGAUGGAGGUGGCCAUGUCCAAGACCAACUCCAAAGUGACCAUGAGUGACUUUGACUACCUGAAGCUGCUGGGGAAGGGGACGUUUGGCAAGGUGAUCCUGGUCAAGGAGAAAGCCACGGGGAUGCACUACGCCAUGAAGAUCCUGCGCAAGGAGGUCAUCAUCGCUAAGGACGAGGUAGCACACACGGUCACAGAGAGCAGAGUGUUACAGAACACCCGGCAUCCCUUCCUCACGACACUGAAAUACGCUUUCCAGACUCAUGACCGAUUAUGUUUUGUGAUGGAAUACGCCAACGGAGGAGAGCUCUUCUUCCACCUGUCUCGGGAUCGUGUGUUCACGGAAGACCGGGCCCGUUUCUAUGGCGCUGAGAUCGUAUCUGCGUUGGAGUACCUCCACUCUCGUGAUGUGGUAUACAGGGACCUGAAGCUGGAGAAUCUAAUGCUGGACAACGACGGACAUGUUAAAAUCACUGACUUUGGGCUGUGUAAGGAGGGCAUCACGGACGGCGCCACCAUGAAGACCUUCUGCGGCACCCCGGAGUACCUGGCGCCGGAGGUGCUGGAGGACAAUGACUACGGCCGGGCGGUGGACUGGUGGGGCCUGGGCGUGGUCAUGUACGAGAUGAUGUGCGGUCGGCUGCCUUUCUACAACCAAGACCACGAGAGGCUUUUUGAGCUCAUCCUCAUGGAGGAGAUCCGAUUCCCCAAGAACCUGGCCCCCGAGGGCAAGGCCCUGCUCACCGGCCUGCUCAAAAAGGACCCCAAGCAGAGGUUAGGGGGAGGACCGGAUGAUGCCAAAGACGUGAUGUCCCACAAGUUCUUCACCUCCAUCAACUGGCAGGACGUGGUAGAGAGGAAGCUGACUCCGCCCUUCAAGCCUCAGGUGACGUCGGAGACCGACACCCGUUACUUUGACGACGAGUUCACGGCACAGACCAUCACCGUCACGCCUCCAGACAAGUAUACCAACCUGGACUGUGGUGACCCCAACCAGCCAGCACACUUCCCCCAGUUCUCUUACUCCGCCAGCAUACGAGAGUGACACCGUUUUUACCAUGCACACUGAAGAGACACAUACCGCAUCAGCUCACACACUCUCAUCCACACAAACACACACUUUCUUGUAAAAAAAAAAAGACUGCAAAGUUGAGACGCCACAUAGGCCGAUGGAUCUCAGGUCACAGCGGGGAUUUAAGUGCCUAUUCUUGCAGCCAAACCCCGCCUACACUACAGUCACGCACAAACGCAUCCUGUGAACUGCACAGGACCUCAGUCAAUACCUCACGUUGUCAACAUCAGCUGCAGUAGCACAUCAUCCAUGCACAGGGAGAAUUAUAAUCUAGCUCCUCACAGGGAGGACUAGGACCUGUAGGUGGUCCUAUAGGAUGCUACUGCUCCUCACAGGGAGGACUAGGACCUGUAGGUGGUCCUAUAGGAUGCUACUGCUCCUCACAGGGAGGACUAGGACCUGUAGGUGGUCCUAUAGGAUGCUACUGCUCCUCACAGGGAGGACUAGGACCUGUAGGUGGUCCUAUAGGAUGCUACUGCUCCUCACAGGGAGGACUAGGACCUGUAGGUGGUCCUAUAGGAUGCUACUGCUCCUCACAGGGAGGACUAGGACCUGUAGGUGGUCCUAUAGGAUGCUACUGCUCCUCACAGGGAGGACUAGGACCUGUAGGUGGUCCUAUAGGAUGCUACUGCUCCUCACAGGGAGGACUAGGACCUGUAGGUGGUCCUAUAGGAUGCUACUGCUCCUCACAGGGAGGACUAGGACCUGUAGGUGGUCCUGUAGGAUGCUACUGCUCCUCACAGGGAGGACUAGGACCUGUAGGUGGUCCUGUAGGAUGCUACUGCUCCUCACAGGGAGGACUAGGACCUGUAGGUGGUCCUAUAGGAUGCUA